GCCUAUGGGGAUAGCAUGAGUCACCCUGUUGACUGUGUGUCAUAGCAAAAACUGAAAUCUCUCCAGGAAAUAUGCCUGUUUUGGAGCACAUCGAAGCCAUGGCCGAGACUCCGACUCCAGCUGGGAACAGCCCUGCACAGGCAAACGAAGAUACCCCGCCCCAGGCAGUCCGGGAACUGACGCAGACGGAUUAUCUGAACCGACGCCUCCUCAAAUCGCUUCUGGAAAACAUGCAGGCCACCGAAGUUCUGGCGCAGGAAAACGGGAACGGAUCCAACGAGGAGGACAACGAAUUCGAAGAAUAAAUCCUUUAAUUAGAGUACAGUAAAACUAGUGAGCUAAAACGGA